AUGUCCCUCCAGCUCCUCCCCUCCAGGGCUUCCGCGCUUCCCGCCACAUUCAAACCUACCCCCUGUCUCUCGUCGCGAAACCUCCGUUGGCGACCGGUUCACUGGAAUGUGCGUCCUCCGCAUCCCUGGCGCCGGCGCCGGCGGGUGGCGGUGGUUUCUUUCGCUGGAGAGGAAGUGGACGCCUUCACGGAGUACUCGGGUUACCUCUUCGAGGGCGGCGCGUCCGAGGCGGACCUGCUGGAGAAGUAUGACCUGGAGGCAAUCGCUUCGAUCUACAGGCGGAAGCCGCUCGUGGUACUCCGGAGGCUUGUGCAGAUCGGGACCACGUUCGGGAAGUGGUUCGCGGUCAGGUACCUUGAUGGUCUCAUGGAACGAUCCGACGAAAUGUUCAAGGUGAGGGGGUUCUUGUCAUGGCCUUGAUCAAUCUUUCCAGGGCAUUAUUAUAGUUUACAUCUUGGCACUCCCAUUCAUUGAAUUUAGUGCAGUGUUAGGAAUGCACGGAUUAUUAAUUCUAUUAAAUUGCAUAGGCCGUAACCAAUCAUUACUGAAAGUGCGCUAAGCUCAGUUUUGCGAAACCUGCACUCGUUCAAUGCUACAUUUCAUCUGGUUGCGCUGUUUGUCUAGGUUAUUGACAUCUGAAGUUCAUCACUAACUUCCGUCUCUAAGAGAGGAUGUUUUAAGUGUUGCGUAAUCAAUGUUGCUCACCAUAGUUGGUUAGAGGUCAGAAGACCCUUAACUUUCUGUGUAUGUCCCGUGAAGACGUAUUUCAUACUUGGCGUGGCUUUCUAUCACUUUUGGAAGAUGCUAAAGCAUAAGUGGGAUCCGAGAACGAAUUUUCUAGACAAUUAGGUUUCUUUGAAUCAAAAAGUGUCCAGCACUCAGCUGUAGUUAUGUAGAGUACUUAAAGGUGAUCCAUAAUGUAUGAUUGGGGGUCAUGAAAAUAAAUUAUUUCCAAUGGAUCCAUGAUAUUUGAUAGGAGCCCGACAAAUUCAUUGCACUACCUUGAUGUUCUGAAGAAGACCAUUUUCCUUUUUCGAAACUGUCACCAAGGGGGAAACAAGAACACUAGCAUCCUAGAGAUCCACAAUAUGUGAUCAUGUCAUAACGUUCGGAUUAUUAAGGCAGCUAACAUGGAGUUGAUGAACACGAAAUCACAAGGGAUAAUUUUCAUCAUGAGGCUACCAGGAACAUAUUAGGGCAUUGUAGGAAAGUGUUAUAGCUUUUGCAUAAUAUUCAGUUUUGUUGGAGAGCUUGAUAGCUGCCUUUCUGCUGGAUUGUUCUUGAUCGAAAAAAAUUUGAGAACUAUUGCCUCAAAUGGUACAAAGGAUCGUCAUGAAGCCAGCUUGUGUAAGUUGAUGAUGUUAAUGUGUAAGCUUUGGUGUCUUGAUCUCUCUAUUGAAGACACUACAAAGAAUCUUCAUGAAGAACAAAAGUCCACAUAGAGCUAGAUACUUCACUUGGCCAAGCCAGUGUUCUAUGAUGAUUCUGAUGGCUACGUUGUAACUCACCCUUCAAAUUUCAUCUAUGGUUAUCAUUUCUACGUCUUAAUCUAAAUACAACCAACUGAGAAAUGAGGUGAUAAAAUUCAAAUGAAUGCGGCCAUCUUAAAUGAUGACAGUCAUGCAUUUUCAAAUCAUCCCUAAUCUUUGCGUUUUAGUCUCCUUUAUGCUACUAAAACGACAAUCAAAUUAUAAUUUCUGGUUGCAACUGUUUCCCUGAUGCAACUAGAUUGAGCUUUAAUACAAUCUGAUGUUCUCUAAGUCGUAUUGGUUAAAUUUUUUUCUUGUUACAAGUUAUAAAAAUCAACAACUGCUCUUGAUCUUUGUAGGGAACUGCCUUGUUCACAUCAUUCUCCAAGAGCCUAAAUUCCUUUUGAUGUUUUUUCUUAAAAUAUAUUUUAUGGUUUAGCUGAAUAUAAUUUUAAGAGUUUCCUUGGUUUGCAUGCAGAUUAGAGCAGCAGAGCUUCGCAUGAUAUUAUCGAAGCUUGGUCCGGUAUGUUUCUGCGAGAGUUUUGCAUUUGACUAAAUCCACUUCUCGAUCCUGUCAAACACCAUUAACGAUUAUUCUCUGUUUUCGAAUCAUUGAUGCUGUUCAUAUGACUGUGCAAAGUUUAGAAUUCUCAUUAACAGUCAGUUGCUGUUGAGAAAAUAUCUGUUUUUUUUUUUUUUUAGUUUUUGAUGUUGACAUUGUAACCUUCAUUGAGUCUGUCUGUCGUCUAGGAUGUCUCCUAAAACGUCGUUAAAUGAUAUAUUAAUAUACUGGAAUUGAUCAGUAACUUUACUUUCUUGGUUUUAAUGCUAAGCUGUCUUUGUUGGGGAGUAGGCAUACGUGGGUAUUGCUUCUAUCUAAUAGUUUGUUUUGUAGGUUACAGAAAGGUUGUCGAUAUUGGUUUCCUUUGUUCUUUCAAUGCAGGAUUAGGAAAUCUGCUCAUCCUGGAUCAUCUUACAAUUUAUAAAGAAAGAUAGGUUUACAUAUAUGUUUAGUUAAAGGGGCUCAAUGCUCAUAGCUAUGAGGGUACUUAGUUAAUACUUGUAUUACUUUUUAGACAAUUAUUGAUAUUAUUUAUUUUCUUUUCUGACAGGCAUUUAUUAAAGUUGCUCAAGCUGUCUCUUCUCGACCGGUAACUUUAUAUCCAUUAUGUGUUCGCCCAUUAUUUUGAUUGCUAGCGGCUUAGAAAGCUAAAGAUUGUCUAACAAGAUGUUGAUGUUUUCUUGUAAACCUGCGAAUAAAUACCUAAUUUAUAUCAGCUUUCAUUGUAUAUUCUUUCUGGUAAUCUUGUAUUUGACUGCUCACUAUAUAGAUAUUAAAAUAGAGGGAAAACUGUUGGUUAGUAUUGUUCGCAAUAAGUAGGUCUUAGAAGUCUAUGAUUGGUUCAGGCUUUUGGAGAUCUACUAAAUGCUUAAUUACAUAGGUGAAAUCAGGAUGUGCACUGUGAUCGUUUCAUGUUUGUGUAAAAAUUGAAACAUAGGUAGAAAUAAAUGUCUCAUAGAGCAUGAAAAGUAGAGGACUUUUCAAACAUAUUGAAAAAAAAAGGUGGGUAACAUAAAAGGCAGCGAGCUGCCGAGUUUGGGGUGUUCAGUCUUUGGGGUUGACUCAUCUCUUCAGGAAACCUGUAUGAUAAUGAGAACUUCGUGUAGCUAGGAGCAUUAAAUUUGUAAAGAAGAUGAUGAACAAGAAAGAAGGGAGAGGUUAUUGAAUAGUGACAACAGAUGUGAGAGGAAAGGCACUCUUAUUAGAAGAAUCAGUAUGCCACUCACAAUGUAAGUGGGCAGGUGGGCACUAGGCAAUUUUAGGUGAUAAUCCAUUCCCGUACACUUGACAAGGCAAGGCGCUUAGAGGCAUGUAUGAGAUUCUUAUUUUCAGUAUUCUUAAAAAUUAAACAAAAUACAUGAUUUAUUAUGGAAUAGAAUGCUUCUACAUUGUAAAAAGUUUCUCUAACCGGUAGAAAACCACUCAAUUUAAAGCUUGUUCAGCUUUUUUAUUUUGAGAAAAAAAGGCUAUUAGGCUAUUAAAGCUUUUUAUCAAGCUCUAAAAAUAUGGUGUCUCUGUAACUAAAGCAAUCGGGUUUUGACUGUUAUGCCCCCAAUAAAUGUUACUUACUCCAAGAUAAGUAAGAGGCUGGGGAGUGUCUCUUGGGGAUUGAGUUGGGGGGAAUUUAGUACAUGUCCAGGAUGGAAGAAGGGAGGCUAUUAGGGCUAGAGACAAGAGGUGAGGGGGGAGAACAAUUGUUUUGUUUCAGGUGAUGGCAUCAUAGGAGAAAGCUAGCCCUGUUGAAUAGCUAACAUGAACUCAAGUGCUCUACGGUUUGCCCUUGGGGAACAUUUGGUGUGAUUCUACCUUUUUACUGCAGUAAAUCUCUAUUUUCUAUCUUGUGUGGUCCAAAAUCUUCUCAAUUGAUAUCAAAGUUAGAUUUUGAUGGUGUCAAAGACCAAUGAGGCAAGGUUUGAGCACUUGGAGAAGGAGAUGGAAGAGAUAAAUAUAGGGCUGCAGAGGCUCGAGCUUAAGGUGGAGUUAAAAUUUCUAUCAAAAUCAAGAAAUCCAUAGAAGAUUUACUUUGAUUUAUGACUCAAAUCCUAUGGACGCUGGAAAGGCAGUAGUGAAUAUGUCCAAAGUGCAAGAGGAUUGGAAACAAGAGGGAUGAAACACAUGGAGGACAGUGAAACGAGCACAAGGAUGUAAGGGAAGACUUUGGGUGAAGAAUACCAUUUACAAAAGCGGGAGAAAACGAAAUUAGUGCUCCAAUGUUCCAAAUUGGGGUGGAGAGGCUUGGUUUAAAGGGCGGUGGGCUUGGAAAGUAUCACAUCUCCAACAUGUUUCAUAAUGCUGAUGGAAGAUCUCCACCCAUUUCUGAUGAUGCAUUAAGACGAGCAAGGAGCCUUCUUGAUGACCACAAUAUGGAAAUAUUACAGAAUGAGAGUAGUACUAGCUAUUUAAUACCAUCAGUUACAAACAAUACUUUACAUGAUAUAUCAUAGAACAAGGAAAAUUUUCAUUUCAUCAAUAAUGAUUUAGAAAGUAGGAGAAACAUAUUUUAAAUACCCAUUCAGGAGUCAUCAUUGACCUUUGCUGCUCUGAAGGCUGAGUUUGCCCAAGGAAACAAAUUUAACAAUGAUGAUUUCAGUUUUGAGAGGAUCUAUAAGUUUGAUGGUAAAAUGUUCCACAUGCAAAAUAUGCCAAGGAUUCAUGAAACUUUAAGAGUUGAAAAUUUGAGAAUGGGACUGGAAUGACGGCCACUAUGGUCACCUUUGGUUAACAUCUCGAAUAAAGAAGUGCUAGUAUUCCAAAUCAGGUGCAUUUCUUUGGUGAGAAGAGAAGGCAAAGGAGAACGAGGUCCAUUUUUCUGUACAAAAGUCUGGGUUGUUCUAACUUAUCUAUUCUUUUGCAUGAAAUAUUUCCUUGAUGAAUACAAGUCAACCCCCAUCAUCCACCAAAGGAUGUUGCCAAAAGUUAAAGGUCAAGCAUAUAAAUCUAGACAAAGCAGCAAUCUAUGAAUUCAAGAUAGCAUUUGACUAUGAGGGUGUUGGAAUAGAUGUGCUUCAACAUCUCUUGAUUCAGCCCUGGUGCUUCAUCACUAAAAGUAGCCAAAGAGUGGGUACAAAAUCACUACAAAUGGAUAGCUUGGAAGCAACCUAACAAUCUUCGAAGCCACUUGGGACUCUAGGACUACAGUACAACAAAACUAGCCUGAAUUCACCUUGAAGACAAGGUGGAUGUCAGAAGGGAGAGUGAUGUAAGGCCCCCAAUAAAUGUAACUUACUCCAAGAGGAGUGAGAGGUUUGAGGGGUGUCAUGUGAGGGUUAAGUUUAGGGUAAUUUAAUAAAUGAUUAGGAUAGAAGAAGGUGGUUCUCAGGCCUGGAGACGAGAAGAGGAGGGUGAAGAACAAUUUUUUUGUUUUAGGUGCCAGGAUUGUAGGAGAAAGUUAGCCCUCUCGAACUCAAGUGCUUAGGGUUUACCCUUGGGGUACAUUUGUUGUGAUUCUACCUUUUUACUAUAGCUAAUCUCUAGUUUCUAUCAUCUGUGCUCUAGAAUCCACAUUUGGUGUGCUUUAUCAAGAAGUCAGAACUUAUUUCUUUCCUUCUCUCUACAAAAGAUUGAUGAUUCUGAGCUCGUGUCAUCACUGAUUUUCCAAUGUCAACACAAGCUAUAUUGGUUAACACAUGUAUUUUGACUUUUUUUUCCUUUGGGUCAGCACUUUGGUCUAGUGGGCCAAGAUGUACGGGUAUUGAUCUUUUCAAUUCAUUGGUUAACACUAGCAUUCCAAUUCAAAUUUCUACAAAUAAAACAACUUAUUUCUGCAUAUCUGCUCCUCUAACUUUAGGAGAUUAUUGCCUAUCUUAUUAGCUUUAUUUUCUAUGGAAUUUUUUAUUGAAAAAAGCUUCAUUUCCUUGCUUAAAAUCCUAUGCAAAAAUUUAACCCAAAUGGUGCAAACCAUCUACAGCCCAACUCAAGUGGGCUAGAGGCCUAGAAAGCAUGAAGACACACGUUGGCUCAACUCUGGCUCAAGUUGGCUCAAUAAAAAAUAUGGCCCGUAAUAACAUCUUAAAUACAUCCAAAUUUAUUUUUCCUACUUUUAAUUUCGUUUCCCGCUUUUAUCCAAUUCAAAUUAGUUUAAUGGACUGAAAUUCAAAAUUAAGGUGUCAUAAUAAUACAACUACCUUUUUAGGGAAAGUUUAACACAUUGUUUUGCCUAUUUAAAGGUCCCUCUUCAUCUUUAGUCCGCUUGUGGAUUCAAGAGGACCCUAUUGUUCAUUCAAAGAUGAGAUUUCAUAUCCACGCAGCUUAGGCUACAUCACCACAUAAGCACUAAAUUGCAGACUUUGAUAUCAUUAAAAUCAACUUGUUGAGUUCAGUAGAGACUUACAGAUGCUUACGUGCUAUAAGUUUUUUGAAGAAAGGGUCAUCAUUUUUAUAUGCUCCAAAAUGGGAGAUUGAGCUGUAAGUUUUUGUUAUAAGAAAAUAUUUUAUCCCUUGAUUUUGAAGGGACUAAAAUCUUAAUAUGUUAUGUACAGUGUUGGCACGUAUCAUGUAAAAGCUGUAUAGCAGGUUUUAUUUAUUGAGAACUCUACGAUACUUAAUGCAUUUGUGGUACCUACUGUCAUAAUAGUAAAGUGGAAUAAUCAUUGCAAAACUUAACUUGGAAUAUCAUGUAUAUUCUUGUCGAUAUUAAAUGUCCUUACAGAGAAAAACAAGUAUGUCUACUGGUUUCUCUAUGUUCCCAUAUAUUAAAAAUUGUGCAGAUUCGGUUCUCCUCUUCUCCUUUCUAUUUAUGGAAUUUCUGUUUUAAAACUCUUGCCAUCCCUAUGUUUCAGCGUAUGCUAUACCUGCUAUUGUUUCAUAUGGUCUUGUAAUUUUAUGGUCUUAGUCUGGAGCAAUUACUAACAUUUAGAUUCUUGUAGAAAUGAAUCAUCCUAAGACAGACCUCCGGUCACCUAGUGUAGAAAGACAAUUUGUUAUUCUCAUUUCAGACUAUAACUUGUGCAUUUAUGUAGUGCUUCCAUGUGCCUUUUCCUCCUAGCUAUUCUGAUUUACUAUGGGCAGUUGAAUUUGUUUCUAAUUUUACGUUUUUUUUGGUUCAGGCUAUAGAUAAGAAUUGUCAUCAAUCCUACGAAAAUGAUUGAAAUGAAUCUACAUAUUUGAUCCCAUAAUCCCUUUGAAGAAAGCAUCAUUUAAAGGAGUCUUUUUAUGGGAACAUGUUUGAUUCUUGAUUAUUUCAGUUAUUUUCUUUUUCGUCAGUUACAAUUACAUUUGUUUUGGUAGUGACAAACUCAAUUGAACGUUUGGUGCACUUCAUUUUAAUUUGUUACAUAUGCUUCUUCUAAAACCUGCAUUAGUCAUCCAGUUUUGAAAAUCUGCCGUGGAUGCACUUUCUGCUAGAUGAAUCCUCAAUUUUCAAAUCCCUUAAAUGGCAGUUGUCACAGCUUUUAUACUAGAACGUUCAUAUUUAUAGAACACUCUAUAUUAUGCAUUCCAUAAGAUUUAAUGCUGGUGCUCUUGGAUAGAAUUUUACACAAUUGGGAGCAUACCUGCUUAUAGAGGCUCCCCUUUAUAGGAUAUUAUCCCACCAACAUAUCUGGAAGAGCUAUCUCUUUUGCAAGACCGGAUAGCACCAUUUUCGACUGAAGUUGCUUUCGAUAUGAUAGAAGAAGAACUUGGGGUCCCAAUAGAUAUGCUCUUCUCUGAGAUUUCACCAGAGCCUGUUGCUGCCGCAUCUCUUGGUCAGGUUUGUAGUUUACUACGAAUCUGAGGUUUAACAAUUUUUCGUUUUCUGUUCAUCAUUCUGUUUUAAGGUAUCAAAGGUUAUGCUUCCCUUUAGGUUUAUCAAGCCAGGAUUAUACCUAGUGGGAAACUUGUUGCCGUCAAAGUACAGAGACCUGGAGUUCAGGCUGCCAUUUCGUUAGAUAUCUUCAUCCUAAGAUUUCUUGCUGGGCUACUUAAGAAAGCUGCCAAAUUGAAUACCAAUCUUCCGGUAAUUGUAUAUAUGGUUGAUUAGUGUUGAAUAGCAAACUAGGUUGGUGAACUUACAAUUUUUUAGUCCAUCUGGAAUAAGUUUCCGUUUGGUAUUCAAUUGAAUGCAAUGUAAAUAAUAUUUAAAUAAUCAAGGACGUUGACUUGCAGGCUGUUGUUGAUGAAUGGGCAUCUAGCCUUUUUCGGGUACGUAACUCUUCUCUUUGUUUACUUGUGAAUUUGGACUUUCCAGAAUUUUGUAUUGUUGGUCAUCUAGAUGUGAUGUUUCUUUUUUUUCAUAAAAAGGACGAAAUACCUACUUUGUUGAAAAUUGCUUUUAUUUUUGUAUCAUCAUGUCAUGAAAGAAAUAACUACUUUUUUGAGAUUUGCUUUUUUCUGUAUCAUUGUGUCAUGAAGUAUCAUCUGUGCAUCUGCACUUAGAUACUUUGUUAAAGUUUAAUAAACCUUUAUUUUUUGCAUGUACGCGUACUGAUGCAUUAUGCUGAAUGUGAUUUUUGUGGAAGAAUUGUGAUCGUCUAGAAAACUAGCCAGAAAAUUGUGAUCUUUCUUGUUGCAGUAGCUGCCUUUUGACGUUUAUGUUUUUCCAGUUAACUAAUAAUACAUCUGAUGUGAUCACCAUAUUAAAGGGCUUGAAAUACUGUGAUGUUUUCGUUUAAGUCAAUACAUCAGCCAAUUUCUUCCGACUAUAUUAUACAUAUAUAUAUGAAUUUUUAAAUGGGAUUUGGAGGAAAUUAAUUUGUGGAAUUUUAGCAUCGUAGCUCCCUUACUGGGUAAACUGGUGUGUUAGGUUCUGUAAUCAGCAGAUCUUGAGCCAAAGUUGCUUAAACUUGGAGCCCUAUAAUCAAUUUCUGUACAAUUUUAUAUCAAGUACAGUUGACAAUCCGACCAUACUGUAUUUGCAAGAAAUGGCAAUGAUUCUCUAAUGUUAAAUUAUCUCCUUGCAAGCUAUGUCCACCACUUUGACGGAUAUCCUUAUAUAUGUUGGUAACUGUACAUUCAUUGGCAGUGCAAGAUGUCUGUCUCAUCUUCUGUAAUUUUGAUUGCAUAGUCUCAAGGUAAACUGUCAUUGGUAUAUGUAAUUUGUAAAUGGUGCGACACCAGUAGAAAUGAUUAAGGAUGAAUGAGGAACUAACUCAAGAGUAUCAAAGAAUCUGUUAGAAGCUAAAUAUUUGAACAUCAUCAAAUAUUUAUUGGUAAUUUUAGUAGCAAGAAAAGGAGAAAUGGCGACCUUCUUCCUACUUGACAGCCAAGAGCUGGAAAAAGAUUUAGGUAUGCUAAUUGGUGCUAUGAUAUACAUUGCAAUUUCUCAAGAUAAAUUGAAAUGAUUAGAAUAAUUUGUGAUUAAUGUACUCCUAGACUGAAGUGAAGUAACAAAACGCUGCAAUUAGGGCAGCUAUGUUUUAGAGCACAGAGAGUUAAACUGUUAAGAAGAACUAUAAUGACACUAUGACAGAGGUUGAAACAUCUAUGGAUCUGCAGAGAUACAAUAUGUGAUAGCAUUUCAAAUUACUGUUACCCUAGUGACGGUAGGUCAUAGGACUAGCAACAGUAGUGGAUGGAAUCUAUAAAAGUCAUUUGACAUGGAGUCGAAACAUAAAAAAAUCAGGAAAGAAAAGAAAUUUGAUGGAUACUGUCUGUUGUGAAAUAUGGCCAUAAAUUCUUAGUCUGGACGGAGAAAAAAGGAAAGGAAAACUUGGAUGGAGGCAUUUACUAGUGUUGAAUCACUGAUUAAAUAGUCUCUCAACCCUAAUCAGUUAUGAUUUUGUGAAUGACGAUGGUGGUAUUAUCACUAAAGGAUUUUUUUUUUUCACUUUGUUUCAGUCAUUGCACAUAGUCAAUACUUUGGUGUUUGUUUAACGACUGAAUAUAAUUUUUCUUUCUGAAGCAUGUUGUUUUAUAAGAACUUGGAAUGAUGCUACUUGGGGAAAAAAAAUUAUUGUACACUUUAUUAUUCUAAAUGUAAUUAUUUUGAAGGGAAGGUUUCUAUAAGCAACAUGUUGUCUUUUGUUCUGUGUUAAAAGUGGUGUUGAUUUUAGGGAUAUAUCUCAGUAUUAUGAUUAUGUCUUCAGCUUCUUCUAUCUUUCGAUUUCCCCCUUGUUUCCCUCUCUUCUUUGGCCCUAUCUUGUCUAGUUCAACUCUGCAGCACCAGCAUUCCUUUCUGCACCUGUGAAGUAGAACCAGCCGGCGUUUUUCCAGUAAUCUCCACUAGAUUAUCUUCUGCUGCCCCAAUGCAUGAGUGAGAUGAGUGCUAUGAUAUGGGCGAGUUCUUCCAGGGUGUCAGCACCAUUCCCUCUGAUUUUUUCUAUCAAAAUGAUGUUUUAAAUCAUUCGAAGUAGGACUUCUCACAUCUUUGAUUUAUUUAAGGUCCUCAAAUUCUCACUACCUACCUACCUAUGAAGAAAGUUCAAUAGCCAGUCACUAUUCCUGCCUAACACUUUCAAACUGACACAGUUUUACGGGAUGAAUCUUAUGAAUGACAUUUAUACCAAUUUUCGUAACGUCAUCGUUUUAAGGUUAAUUUAUCCCAGUCUACAAGCAUCAAUGGAUCCACAUUUGCCCCUGACAUCACUGUUUUAAUAUUGAUUUCUGGAAUGGAACAUGACCAUCAAUUAUGUUCGGUGUGGGUUCCUUGUACCGACAUUUGUUUAAUUUUCUGUGUUUAAUAUUCUAAUUGUGCAAUCAUUACUUCAUUCUGCAACAUGUUGGGUUCAUUCUUAGAGCUUCACAUUGAAUACAGGUGAAUCACAUUGAAUGCAGGAGAUGGAUUACAGGGAGGAAGGAAGAAAUGGACUCAGGUUCAGGUAUUCACCAAUACUGUAGUUUAUGCUCCCCUCUCAAAUCAAUUUUGACUUUGUGGAAUGAGCGCCUUCACUUUUAGAUUGAUAAGUUUUUAUGUUUCUCAUUUGUUGUACACAUACGAAAAUAUGAACAAAACUUUCCAUGAAUAAAUGGUAGAUUUUACUAUGAUCUAUGUAUGUUUCGGGAAUAAUUUUUAAAGCGCAAAUUCACCUCCAAGCAAACAGAAUUUAACACUUGAAUUCCUUGUGCGUGAGCUCCUCCAGUUACAUGUUUUUCAUGGAAACAUAUAGGGAAAAUCCCAUUGAAAAAAAUUGCUACUCUCUCACCCAGAAAAAAAAUAAAAAUUGAAGUUUUUGUCCUAUGUAUCUAUUUUCUUACGAUACAGACUCAAUUUUCAUCUGGACAUUUGUGGUUGAAUUCAAUUGUUAUCUCUCACUGAAUAUUUUUUUGAUUUGACUCUGAUCUAGACACUCUUGGGUUCAAUCUCCCCUCUCAGAUGCAACUGUGAGUUCCUUGGGGUUUCAGAUGCUUUAGAUAUGGGAUUUCGUAUGGCAUAGUUUCAGAUUUGGGUUCGUGUGGUUUUUUCUGAUAGAAUUUUAACGUUUUAGCUGGUGUUUUCGUGAUUUACUUCAUUGUUAUAAUCUUUUCAACUCCUUUCCACGGAAAUAUUUUUUUGUUAAUAUUUGCUUAUGGUUUUUUCGUGUGGUGAUUAUUGAUGCUUGGUAAUCUUUUUGGUAUUAGCAUGAAACUGAACGUAGUCAUCAUAGCCUUGCAUUAAGAAACCUGUAGUUACAGCAUAAAUCACAAAUCAUAUGAUGAGCUUCAUGUGUGUGUUGUUUUCCUAACAUUGUGUAUCCAUUUGAUGUUUUUCCUCGAGGUUUGUAUUUUUUGAUCUGUUGGGAAAUAUUAUUUCGGUGUAUAUCAUAUUUGUAGUAUGAUUUUGGGUCAGUGUUUACCUUAAUAUUUCAUUGUAAACCCACUAGGAAGCUCUACGGGAGCCUACAAGAUGUUUUCGUACCAGAAAUGUAUUUGGACAGAAGUAGCCGCCGAGUCCUUAUCAUGGAAUGGGUGGAAGUAUGUUCUUAUCUUAACUUUUUCUUCUAGAGAAAAAACACCCCAAAUCUAAAAAUGUUGUUUCUGAAGAAUGUAUUACACUCUGUAAGGUGCUCGCUCAUGCUUGUCCUGUUUCUGCAGGGACAGAAGCUAUCUGAAGUGAAAGACCUUUAUUUAGUUGAGGUUAAGUUUUCAAUUUCAAAUAAUAUAUCAGCUCGCAUUUAUCUUGCUUUCUUGCUUUCCAUUUUGUCUUUAAGGCAUAUGAGAUUCAUUUUCUCCAUAACAAGUAGAAAUCAAGAAAUAAGGUCGUGUUUUCCAGGUUCUUGACUGUUAUAUCCAUUUUUGGCGUUUAUCAGGUUGGAGUCUAUUGUUCACUUUCUCAGCUUCUAGACUAUGGAUUCUAUCAUGCAGAUCCACACCCUGGAAAUCUUCUUCGGACAACUGAUGGAAAAUUAGCCUAUUUAGGUACUGCUUUAAAAUUGUGUUUUCUACUCUUUUUCAGAUUGUAAAAUGACCAUUUUUUCUGUAUCUGGAGAAAACUUUAAAAUUUUAUUUAAAAAAUUAUAACUCCCUACUUUUUUUUCUUUAUAAGAGGUUUUCUCCAAUCCUUUUUGAAUUAUUCGUCUCCUUCCCAGCUGAACCAAAGAGAAAAAAUUACAAAAUCGUAAAUUUGUUAUCUAAAAUCUGUGCAGCUGUGCAUAUUUUUUAAUGUUUAUAAGUCAUGAUAAUGUUUUGUUAUUCUUAAAAACAGUAAACAAGUUUUUUUUUUGUUAUAUUUUAGAAGUUCAGCAGCAACAUAUGCAAAGUUUAUGCUUGUUUGUUGGUUUGUUUUCAUGACCAAAAAAUGUGUUAUAUGAUUGUAUAGAUGGGAACUAUGUGUUCUACAAGUGUGCUCUUGGUUGUUUUCUCUGUGAAACUAGUAUUUUAUCCUUUGAUAUGAUGAAUGAUAAAAUCAAUAUCAUUUUCGUGGUGGUUAGUAGAAAAUGAUUUUAUGUGGAUAAUGUUGUAAAUUGAUCUUGAUCGAGGUUUGUUCAACUUGGAGAAUGAAGGAAUCGAUCUUUAAAUCCUUCUCUUCCAGGAAGAUGAACUCAGCCGCCACUUCUUGGAGUAGGGUUACUGCAACCUAAUUAAUUCGUGAAUUCUCACGAUUUCCCUCUUAAAUACGGAUUACACGAGUUAUGGGCCAGGUUCAUUAAAUUAGUCUACAAGUGAAUCCCUUAAUAAUCUAAUGGAUCCAUUUAACAAGAGGAAUAAUGGGAAAGAAAAAAAUGCAAUCAAAAGAAAAACAAAUAGAAAGGGAAAUCAAAGAAAGUUCAACACCCCCUCUAAACUUGGGUAUGAAUGUUUUCCAUGCCCAACUUAGACACCAUCUUUUGAAAUAUUGGUCUCGUGAGUCCUUUUGUGAAUAUGUCAGCAACUUGUUUUCAUGUACUAACAUAUAUCAAAUCAACAUCUCCAGUUUCUACUUUUUCUUUGAUAAAAUAUCGAUCAAUCUCAAUCUAUUUAGUCCUAUCAUGUUGUACAAUAUUUUGGGCAAUAGCCAUUGCUGACUUGUUGUUGCAAAAUAGUUUGAUAUGAUUUGAUUGGUUGAUUCUCAGUUCAUUCAGCAGACCUUGAAUCUAUAAGCCUUCACAUAUCCCUUGGGCCAAUGCCCUGAACUCUACUUUGACACUAGAUCGUGCAACUACUUGUUGCUUCUUGUUCCUCUAGGUCACAAGGUUUCCACCAACAAAUCUACAAUAAUCAAAGGUUGAUUUAUGAUCCAUGAUAAACCCCUGUAUAAUCUACAUAUAUGUAGAUUUUAAUAGAUGUAUUUCCUCCUUUUGUGAAUAGAAUGCUUUGUCCUAUUAUUGUCUUUAAAUAUGCCAACACUCAAUAUGCUGCCUAUAGGUCUAUCUUCCUUGAGUCAUUCGUAUGUUGAUUGAGUACACUCACUGCAAAUGUUAUAUUUGGACGGGUAUGAUUUAGAUAUAUCAACUUUCUAAUCAACUGCUUAUAUGAGCCUUUGUCCACCUGACCGGAGUCCUUACAUUCUCCCAAACUCUGGUUGGGAUCAAUUAUGUGUUAGCAUGUUUACACUCCAAUUUUCCAAUCUAUUGAAGUAAAUCCAAAAUGUAUUUGUGCUGUGAAAGAAAUAUCCCUUCCUUUGAAUAUUGAACCUCAAUUCCCGAUAAAUAUUUUAGUCUUCGUAGAGAUUUGAUAUCAAAUUCUCUAAAUAGGUUUUGGCCAAGGCAUUUAAUCUCCUCAGUAUCAUCUACUGUUAUAAUAAUAUCAUCUGUAUACACAAUUUAGGUUGUAACCUUGUAUGGGGCACCGUCCUUAAUAAAGAGAGUGUGAUCCCUAUAACUUUGUACGUACUCAAAUCCCUUCAUAGCUUGAGUGAAUCUCCCAAACCAUGGUUGGGGCGAUUGUUUUAAAUCAUAUAGAAAUUUCUUCAACAUGCAAACAACAUUAUUUUGACAAGUAAAUGUGUAACUUUAAGAAAUGUAAACCUCCUCCUCCAAAUCUCCAUGAAGAAAUGUAUUUUUCAUGCCAAAUUGAUGCAUUUCCCAUCCUAGAUUUGCCAUCAAUGUUAUGAGUAUUCAGAUGGCAUUCAACUUUGCAACAAGAGCAAACGUCUCAAAAUAAUCAAUUCCAUAAGAUUGUGAAUUGCCUUUAGCCAUUUUUUGUGUGACAGAGCUUUUUCUAUUAUUUCAGGGAUAAUAAUUGUCUUCAGGUUCAUGAGAAAAGUCUUUUCUGACUGUGUUAACCUAUCAUAGGAUAAGUAGUUGGCCAUAGGGUAGAAUGGUUUCCCUGUACAACUUCUCUUCCCUUUGCAUAGAGCAAUGGGUCAAUCUAGUUACUUCUCAUCAUUGGUUCUAGUGAAUUAGUGAUCAUGUCCUUAGUCAAUAUUAUCAAUUUGGGAUACGUCUCUUGUACUUGGACUAGUUUCCUCUACUAGUUCCCUUUGCAAUGCAAGUAAAUCAUUCAUUUUUGUUGGUAUAUUUUGUGACUCCACUCUGGAUCAUCUCCUAUAUACGUGUCCUUAUGUGAUUCUAGGAAUUGGCAUUCUUGAAUCACAUUCAUUGUUAUCUUGUAACUCAACAUUAGUGAUCUGGUUCUUUGUCUCCUGUGGAUUUCUCAACCCAUAAAAUGAUUCCAACUCAUUAAAGGUUACACUAGCUGAGAUGAAGGAUUUCUUAGAAGCAGGAUGAUAACACUUAUAACCUUUCUGUGUAGUUGAGUACCCAAUAAAUAUACAAUUUAUAGAUCAUGGAUUAAGUUUACCCACUAGGUUGCCUUGGACAUGAACAUAAGCAGUGCAUCCUAAUACCCUUGGACAAAGGUGAGUCUUUAAUUUCACAUGAGGAUAGAAUCUACUCAACAAUUCCAUUGGGCUUUGAUAUUCCAAAGAUUUAGUUGGAAUCAAGUUGAUAAGGUAAGUACUAGAGAGAACAACUUCACCUCAACAUGGCCUCAGAACUUGUUUGUUGAAACAAAAGAGCUCUAGCUGUAUUCAGUAAGUGUCUAAUUUUUCUCUCAGCCAUCUCAUUUUUUUGGGGUGUAUUGACACAUGAUGACUCAUGAAUUCAUUACUUAGAAUGCUUACUUUGACCAUAAUAGGCAUAGUCUCAACAUUAUUUUGGUAAAAGAGUAUGCCUCAUUUAUAAGAUUAUUUUCCCUAUGAUGACAGUGUUGUUGUCGCAUUAAUUUAUUUUAUUCAGAUGUAUUAUAUAUUUUCCUUGAAAGUAAAUCUUUUUCCCAACAAGGGAAGAAAGGAUGUCCCUGGUAAUGCAUUACCUUGAACAAGGACACCUUGAAAUUAAACUUUGUUCUUUUUAUUCCAUUUGAUGAAGUAAUACGAAUUAAAAUUCUCGAAAAUUUGAUGAGGCGCGUAAAAUGCUAUGGCAUAUCAAGUUUGAUGAUUAGUUUAUGCAUUGUAAAACGAAAUAGAAACUUAGACCAACCAACCAGUAGGCUUUUUCUUAACCUUAAUGAUUAACUCAUAAAGAUGUAGUUGUGUAUCCCUUUGAGACCAAGAAAACAUAUAUAACCUUGUCUUAGCUCUGCUCUGACAAAAGAAAAAUAUUUCUGUAUGAUGAAGCACUUGGUUCUAGAUUUGAGUGGUUGUGUUCUAGAAAAUGUUUCAAUAAUGCCAACUGCAUUCUGUACAAAUUCAAGCAUUACUUUCCUUUUCUGUUCUGGUAUCUUUAUACCUGAUAAAUAUUAUUCCGUGUUGUUCUACUUUAAUUGUUGUAGAAAAUAUUCUCUUUGUCAUCAUUUCCGUUUAUAUCUCAAUUUAAUGACAGACCAAUUUUACAGAUUUCGGAAUGAUGGGUGAAUUUAAGCAAGAACUUCGAGAUGGUUUUAUUCAAGCUUGUGUUCAUCUUGUUAAUCGUGAUUUUGAUGAACUGGCAAAGGAUUUUGUUACGCUUGGGUAAGCACUUCAUAAAACUGCAUGGAAAUCUGAAUACUGAUUACUUGAAAUCGAUCAUAAAAGCAUGUAUGAGGUAUUAUCCACUGGAUGCUACUUUUAGCCAAAACAGUAGUUUUUGUUUUUACAAAUCAGUAUCAAUCGAAAUAAAAAAGUUUGGCAAUAAGUGGCCAGGUUCAUCUUUCCAAAUAAAAGAUAACCACAAAUUUUGAUUUAUUCUUUCCAAUAUGGGCCUAUUAUGACGUCCCGAACUUUUGGGUUUUGUCGUGCUGAAAAUAGAAAUGGGUUGUAUAUUGUUAAUGAGCAGCAAUCUGUGUAUCAACUAUUGAGUCAACCAAUUCAACCAUUUGGUGAUAAGUUGAGUAGGUUUACUUACAUAGACCACAUUUUAUUUAUCGUUAAAAUGGGGGAGCAUUGUAGUAGCUUUAAACUGUAAGAUUAAGCUUUGUGCUUGGGCUCACCUUUGAGGAGCAUUACAUUGUGUGGCCCACAUUUAAACAUGUGUAUUACCUAUUUUAUUGACAGUUGAAUUUUCGGACCAUAUUUCAUGCGUGACAGGUUUCUUCCUCCAACGGCGCAAAAAGAUGAAGUCACGAAAGCAUUGACAGGUUCUUAUCGAUUUUCAAUCUCCUGAGGUUGAUCAAUUACUUUUCCAGGCCGCAGUUGUUGUAUUUCUAUCUUGGUGAUCGUUCAACGAGAAUUCAUUAGAGACUUGAUUCUCUCCUCUUGAGGGGAUGGAGCUGGGUUAUCUUUUAUUCAUUGGUUAUUUGUUUUUAGGCGUCUUCCAAAAUGCUGUUAACAAAGGAGUCAGUAACAUAAGCUUUGGAGAUCUGUCAGGAAAUCUUGGGCGGACUAUGUAAGUCACUAAUGCAAAAAUCGUAAUUGCUGAAUUUUUUAUUUGGACAUUUAGUUUUCAACACUCUGAAUGUUACCUGCCUCUCUUAAAUAUAUGUCAGGUUUAGAGCUUAUUCCUCGUAUGAGGUUCUAAAGCUCUAAAUAUUGAUGGUGACCUUUAAAUUUCAGCUGUCCAACUAAUUGUGAAGCAUGGUUUGCUGAGUAAGUGUAACUCAGAAGAGGCAGAUCUGUUCUUAAAGCUUCCAAUUUCGAAUGCACGUUUAAAUGGACAGUGACACAACUGAAGUUUUGAAAGGGAAUCUAUUUUUCAGGGAUUUCAUUCACAAACUUAUAUGAGUCAAAACAAAGUCCGUCUAAGUCACAAUUAAGUCAACAUGGGCCAAGCAUACUUUCACUUUUCUUGUCACAAAAUCAUACAUGACAACGAUGGAUACGGAAAAAAAUUGGGUCAUGUUGACCCAAACCGACUAUCAUUCUAAGAAGAUUGUGUUUUGUGAAAGAUAAUAUUUCACACAAAUCUUCCAAAGCCAGGAUCAUAUUUCAGAGAUCCCUAUCCAAUAAAAAAUUACUUAUAGUAUACUAGAAAAAUGAUAAGUGCACAUCUCGGUUGGCUGAUAAAGAUAGAAAAAUUGACGCAUGAAUAUUCGUAAACUCAUGUCAGAACUACAACUCUGUUGUUUCAUAUCAUGAAUAUAGUUAUCCAAGUCUAGUUUGUGCUAGUGUGGGAAAGAUAGCCUGGGCAGAAUAAUUAUAAUAUUAGAUAUAACAAUGACCAGAUAUCUGUAUGAUCUUCUACUAUCCCAGUUGAUGUGAACUUUGCAGAAUUUAUACACCAGAUAUACAGACAUGUAUUAAUCGAGAAAAUAUUGUGACACAGCACCUCUCAGAGUAAUAUCAAAUAUUUGGUCAUAUCUUUCUGGAGAGAGAUACAUAGAAUGAUAGAUGAUAUUUUUUUCAAUCUAUUUCUGUUAUGCGUUAAUUUAUUUAUCAUUUUGUUUUGGCGCUGUUAGACAUGACUUGGUACUGUACAAAAAAAAAUUGCUUGCCAUACUGAUAAAUUUCUCCUGGUUUUUGUGCCUACAAAAGUUGUUCAUUAGUGAACAAGAGAUUGUUAUUCCUAAUUAUGACACCCAAGACUUGAGGGUCAGACCCUAAAAGUCGUGUUAGUGCCUGACAGCGGGUGUCACACCGUGGUUAGCGUGAGCUUGCUUUGCUUGCUCCACUAGUGCCAGCCUUGGUCGCCAGGGAUGUGUCACAGUUAGGCAGUGGGACAGCUAGAAUGUCAAAGACCCUAUUGUGGCACAAUUGCCGAUAACAUUUAGAAAAUACGUUUUGCCUCGCAACAUGACUUCAGUUAUCAGGCCCUCAGGGUCAUGGGGGUUAGAAGAGAUGGUAGGAUUUGGGGUCUGUGUAUUGUAUUUGUGAAAAUUCUCAGUUAAUCUGCAACGCUAUGGUCUUCUAUUUGAUGCUUGAGGAUAUAUAUAGUCUGAGCCUCUUGAUGAGGGAUUCUCUUUGGGAUAUGCCUCUGAAAGUCUACGCUUUUCUUUUUUUCAAAACGUCUACGUUUAAAAGAAGCUGCAUGUUUAAAUUCUGGUUUACCAAUGGAAUCCUUUUGGAAUUAAUUUCAGUCUUAUCAUUACCCUUGGAUUUUCAGGUACAAAUUCAAAUUUCAAAUACCCUCAUAUUUUUCUCUGGUCAUUAGAAGGUAACCAUUUAAUUAGUGAAGGCUUAAUGCUUCUUGGUUGAAAGAAACGUAAAAAUACCAAUGUCGGAAAAUUCAUGUCCUAUUCCUCUAUGCAAUUAUCUUCAUACUUGGAUGGUUAGCCUCUAGAAACAGGAUUUCAUAAGCCUUAAGUUAUUCUUAUCACCUUCAGCAGUGACAUUAGUUUUAUUUGCUGCCUUAUGAUUUAACAGCCUUGCUGUUUUGGAGGGCAUUGCAAUCGGUUUCAAUCCAGAAUACAAAGUUUUGGGUAGUUCAUACCCUUGGAUUGCGAGAAAAAUACUCACUGAUAGCUCACCUAAUCUUCGCUCGACACUGCAGACACUCCUGUAUAGUGUAAGUUCUCAGCCAUUCUGCCAGACCUCAUUUACUGUAGUUUUUUAAGUCCUAGUUUUCACAGACGGUAUUUCUCUGAAACUGAAACAAACAUUUCCUCUUUAGAAUGGAGCAUUCAGGAUUGAUCGUCUGGAAUCCUUAUUAACUGAGGUAAGAUUCCCGCACUGAGGUUUGUGUUGCGUCGUUUUUGGUCAUCUAAUACAAGAUACACAGAGGCUUCACUUCCUAUCCCAUUAUUAUUAUCCUCGUAUUAUUAGACCAUAACCAGUUAUACCAUCUAUAACUUAUAUACUUUUAAUUCGGUCAUUUUCCUCGUACGUUUCCACACAGAAGAGUAUUCAGUCCGUUGUCCCGUAUUUGACAGGGUUUUCGGCUCGAAAUCCUAAGUUUUUUUCUUUCCCAUCAUCUCGGUGGCAAGAAAUAGCGAAAGCACAUGAAGUUCCUCGGAUUUAAAUUUUUUGGUGACUAUCUGUCUAUAAAAUUUGAUGUUUUAAUGCUCGGAUGACUUCCUCUUCAUGGAUAUAGUUUCGUGAUUUGUAUGGCUGGCUCUAGAAUUUAAAUCCUACUCAUUGGAGCUGUCUAAUUUUUAAAAAAAUCUAAAAUUUGGACCCAGAAAGUUAAUGGGUGCUUCCUAAGGGGUAUAAAUUUAUUGUGCGAGGUGCAAUUUGUAAAAUUUUGUAAAGUUGAGGUCACUGAAGAGAGGACAUGUAAGUCAAAAUUAUUUAAGGUGUAAAACCACUUGGCUGAGGACUUUUUCUCUUGACUUGAAAAAAUGGUAUUUGUUGAGAGCUGCAAUUUUCUCAGAAAUAAAUGCCAUCCGUUUUGAUUUUUCACACUGUUGUAGUUCUCAUGGCUGUCACCGGUAAUCGAAAGUUACAAUAUUCAACGUUUUUUUUUGUUUUCGUCUUGAUGUGCCAGUCACUUCGUGCCAAGACAGAACAAACACUUGUGAGAGACGCAGUACAAGAGCCUGGUUCCAGGCUGGCCGCAAAGCAGAUAUUUUCUUUCACUCUUUCUGAUAAGGUAUCCAUAAAACCAGACGAAUUUCUAUGUAUUUUGAAAACUCAAAGCAGCGAAUACUUAUGUUUCAUUGCAGGGUGCCUUUGUGAGGGAAAUAAUUCUGGAAGAGAUGGUUAAGGUAACCAUUUGCUUUUUGGAGUGAUUGAUGAUGUGUAUCAUUUAUACAAAACCCAUGUGCCACGGGCCUCCAGAGCUUUCAUCAAAAAACCUUCCAUCGUAAGAUGAGAAUAUCUAACUGGCCCUUAACCGGUUCCCUAAUUGACGUAAUUAGUCUUAGGAUGUUCAUACUCUUUGUAGGGAUACCACAAGUGUCUCCUCUCCAUGACCAAAUCCGUUAACUGUCUAAAGAUUUAAGAACUCUUCUGAUUUUCUACUUUUUUGCUGUCUCCCCCACGCACAGGGACUUGAUGCCCUUGGGGUAGCUACGGUGGAUUCUGUCACAACCGCGGCAGCUUCAAGGUUGCCAUUUGUUGCACCUUUGUCAUCAUCGUUGAUGGCCGAGGAGGAUGUCGAAAACCUGAGAACUUUGCGCAGACUAUUGCUACUGCUGUCGAGGCUUCAGAAGAACGAAAGUUUGUCGGCAGUAAGUAGACCUCGCUAAAACCUAAUUAUUCAGUCAGCUUGAAUUAGACUGUUAUCGGCUAGUCAAAGAACAUUACCCAAUUGUUCUGAUCCUCCCUAGUUAUAAGAUAGUAAUUCACCUCACAAAUAUUCAUCUCUGGCGUCGUUUUAUUCUUACCUUUAUUUCUUUUGGGUCAUUUAUUUUGUGCUUCAAGGCUUUGGCAAGAUGCGGAAGGGAUCUGUGGAGAAGACCCACCUUCUUCUAUCACGUCUGAAAUCUAUGAAGGAAUUACAACUAUCACCUGUAGAUUUGAUAAUUAAAAUAAAUCUUAGUUACCGAAAUUAGGUGAAAAUUCUUGAUCAAAUUGAGAGAAUUGACGAUCCGCGAAAGGCUAGUUAAUGUAUGCUCAUCAAGACCCACCCCCUCUAUUUUCAGCUGAUGUGAAUUUGGUUUAAGUUUUUUUCUGCAAAUGGAUCAUGCUCUUCUAAAAACCCAACCUAGUGAAAGUCACUUACUCAUUCAUUACCUACAAUGAGGUGGUAUAUAGCUCAUAUCUUGGGAUCUCAUUGAUAAACUCUGAAUUUACGGACUCUUCGGAUCUUAGUAGCCCUUCUUGUCUGCAGGAUGUGAAAUUUGACAACCCGGAAGAGAAGAGAAAAAAAGCAGACCCUGAGGAGCCUCUGCAAAUCCUUAACCGGCUGACGUCCAUUCAGGAUUUUUUACCGGUGCUUUCCAUCAUUUCGGAGGUAAGAGCGCAGAAGCCAGACUAGCAUAUACUUUGUGGAGAUCAAAACAGGGAUUGAUUUUGUGUGGCAUCCUUGCACACGGUUACACUCCCAUUUCGUCAUAUCAUCGGAGUUUGAUGGCUGCGAUCUCCACCCCCAACCCUUUUGGUCUAAAUCUAUGCACUGUUUCUGCUCUGAUUUCUUUGAGACUCUGCCAUCCAUUGACUACCGUUCUAACAUUCUAUCGGGCUGGGCUGCCUUUGCAGCUCCCUUCGGAGUGCCAACAGCAGCUGCUGGGUGUGCCGGCCGACUUGCUGUCGAAGUUCGCCUCUCGGGCCAUCGCAAGAACCCUCAGGAGGCUGUUCGCUUGA